GAGGGCAGGCGGUCGCUCCGUCCUCCUUUUUUUAGUCUUCUUAUUAAAUGUCUGGAAUUUAGUGGUGUGUGUGGUAUAUGUGAAGUGAAGUGGAUAUUGAGCGACACCCGGACACAAAUGUGGUUUUAAUUUGGUGCUUCUUUUACCCAAAAGAAGACUUUGUAUCUUGUUUUUACUGGUGAUUCAUGGAUGCUGGAGACGACCGUUCAGAAUGGAGGAAAUAACAGCUGAGCAAGUAACGCUUAAAUGCGUAAACUCUCUGGAGUUGUUACCAGAGACUAUAUCAUCCAUUACGCGGCUAGCAGAUGGGAAAUUUUUUGCACAUCUGAUAAAUAUUUUAAAAAAUCUAGAUAUCCAGAACAGUGACCUAGUCAGUAAUAUCCCCGUACUUGAGACUAUUUUAAAAGAGCAUUUUGCUGGACCUGACUUAGUCAACUUUGAAGAUGUGGCUGGAGGUAACAACUUGGAGCUUACAAAGCUCACUCUUCUUCUCAUGUACAUUAUGAUAUUUAUGGAUGCCAAAUUGAGAAGCAAGCUUAUCAGCUCCCCAGUAAUGGAUCAGUCCACACAAGUAAAGUUUAAAUAUCUCAUCGAAUCAAUCCAGAGAAGAGGAUCAGGGAUGAGCUCAAAGUUCCUAAACAUACUCUGUACAGAAAGACUCGAUGGCAAAGUGUCAGCACGUUGCCAGACUCCAGUUGCAAACAGUGGUCCGUGGGGCUCUCCAAACGUUUAUUCCAGCUCCCCAAAGGCAGCACCAACAUCACCGUUACGAGACUUAGUGCAGAGUCCACCAUUUCGAAUGCAAAAACUUUUAAAUGCUAAAACAAAAGAAGUUAAGCAGUUGCAACAACAAAUACAUGGUUUGGAAAAUGAAAAACAAGAGGCAGAGGUGAACACAGUCUUGUUGCACAAAAAGUUAUCCAAGAUGUCUAGUGACCUCGAAAAGUGUCAGUCUGAAGUGAGAGAACAGAAACAGUACCGAGAUGAACUGGAAACAAAGCUGAUGGCAGGCGAAGACCUUGUGCAGCAACAGAUGCAUAGGUUAGCAAAAGAGUCUGAGCUUCUAAGAACAGAAAAUGCAUCAUUGCAAGAUACAGUUAAUAAAUUACUGGAGUCAAAUGAUGAGUUAUCCACCAAGAAAGAAUCCUUACACAGAAGAUAUACGCUUGUCACAGCAGAAAGAGAUCGAUUGGAGGAGGAGAUUUCAACGCUUUCAAGAGCAGGACUGGAAAAUCAAAGCAUAAUAGAAUCCCAGUCAACUCUACUAGUAGAUCUUAAAAGUCAACUUGAAGAACUACAACAAUGUCUUUUGGAGAAUAACAGACCAGCCAAUCGUACCAUUGAAGAGUCUUUUGAAGGGGGAUCUCCAAUGAAUUUCUAUGAUGCCCCUUCCCCAGCAAAUGGAAGUGGAUCUGGAAGCAAUGUGUCUGGAGAGAACAUGGCUGAAGCAAUUGUAGAUAAGAUCUUGGGUGAGACUCAGGAGCAAUUAGCCAAACUUCAGACUCAGUAUGCUGCUCUGAAAGAAAAAUUAGGAGAAACCACUUACAGUAGAGACCAACUCCUUGCCCAGGUUGAAGCUCUCACAGGUGAAAAUGAUGCCAUAAAUGUUGAACUUGGGCAAGUUAAGGGGAAUUAUUCUCAGUUGAUGGUUCAGCAUGCAGGGCUUCAAGAGCAAAAUAUGGUAACAUCUUCUCAACUACAGGAAAGCCAAUCCAAAUUCUUGCAAGUAGAGACUGAGAAAGUUGGCUUACAUAGAGAACUUCAAGAAUCACAGGUCUCUGUCCUGACCCUGAAGGAACAACUAAACCAGAAAAUGAAGGAAUUGGCUGGACGCUGUUCAGAAUUGGAAGAAGUUGAAAGUAAGCUGAAACUGGCCAGCCAGGAACUGGAAUGCACGUCAGCAAGUCUGAAGACGGUAACGGAAGCCAAGUGUACUUUGCAAGAAGAAUUUAACAGGACUGUAUCAAGACUGAAUGAGGAUUUCCAAAUGCAAAAAGUUAACCUGACAGAAGAAUAUGAAAAGAAGGUUGAAGAACUGAAUAACAACCUGUCAAUUAUCAUGGUUGAAUGGGAAACUCUUUCAAAGGAGAAAACUUUGUUAAAACAAGAACUUCAUAACAAAGAAGAAAGCCAUAUAACUGAAAAGAAUCUGCUUGAGCAAAAGGUUUCUGAGAUGGAGGGAGAGAUUUUAGCUUUGGUGAAUGCCGUGGGUGCAAAGGAAAGUGAGCUAACGGAACAGCUGGCUAACUUCACUAAGCAGAUGGACUCCAUAAAUGCUGAAAAAGUGGUGCAUGAAGGAAAGGUGGCAGAAGUUUGUGCACAAAUAAAUGAAAUGGAAACACAGCAUGCAGCAACGUUGGAUAUCCUAAAAACAGAAGCAGAGAAACAGCAAAAUGAAUUUGACAGCACUCUCUCUGAAUUACAGGAUAAGAUGAAAGCACUCCACUCAGAGAAGGUGCAGAUUUGCAAUGAAAGAGAUGAGCAGGUAGCAGCAGUCAAGUCACUUACUGUGGAGGUUCAGUCAAAGCAAGAAGCUGUCUUUUCAGUAGAAAAAGAAAAGCAAGAAAUGUGUGAAAUGUUUGAACAAGAAAAGACAGCCAUGUCUUCCAUAAUCAGAGCUCAAGAAGAAGCCCUUGAUACCUUGAAGCAGCAAAUAGAAACAACAUUAAAGGAACACAAAAGUGAGAAGGCAGGGCUAGAGGAAAGAAUUCAAGAAAAAGAACUUGCUUUUGCCACUGUCAGAGAGGAGCUAGAGAAAACAAUAUUGACACUCAAAAAUGAAAAGGCAAAGCUUGAGCAGGAUAUUCUAGAGAAAAGUACUGCUAUCACAGAUCACCAAAAGCAAUUUGAAGAGUUUGUGAAACAUGCAAAUGAGGAGAAAGCUUUACUACUUCAAAAGAUUCAGGAAAAUGAAACUGCCUUCUCAGCAGCCAAACAAGAAAUGGAGAUGGCUGCCACAUCCUUAAUCAGAGAGAAAGAUGUGGAGCUACAAAAUAAAGAGAGAGCUCUCAUGGAUUUACAGCAAGAAAAGGAACUCAACUUUAUGCUUAUUUCUGAAGAAAAAACAAGGAUGGUUGAAAUUAUCCAAGCAAAAGAAGAAGCUCUUGUUUCCUUGCAGAAACAAGUACAGGAAGUGAAGUUGUCUACAAACAGUAUAAUUCAAGAGAAGGAGGGCAAUAUUAGUUCACUUCAAAAGGAACUUGAAGUGGCUGCUGAAGCCUUUGGCCAAGAAAAGGCAGCUUUAUGUGAAUUAGUCAAGGCAAAGGAAGAGGAGGUUUUAUCAUUGCAAGUCCAGGUUAAAGAAAUAAAGGAUAAGAUGAAUUGGACAAUUCAGUCAAAAGAAGAAGUUAUAUUGUCGCUGCAGCAGGAAAUGCAACACAACCUUGAUACCUUUGAAAAGGAAAAAAUUACUAUGCAGGGUGAGAUUAAUGCUAAACAAGAGGCAUUAACAUUGGCUAAACAGCAGAUGGAGGAGGAGAAAGUGUGCAGCAGUAGAAUUGUUGGGGAAAAGGAGGAAGCUUUAACAUCAAAACAGCAGGAAUUACAGUCUAAUAUUGAGUCCUUUGAACAAGAGAGAGUGGCUUUGCAAGCAGAAAUUAAAGCUAAGGAAGAGGCUUUAGCACUGACUAGUCAACAGUUACAAGAGGAAAAGAUGUCCAUGGCCAAAAUAAUUGAAGAAAAGGAAGAAUCUCUCAAAUCUAAACAAGAAGAAAUGCAAGAGGCAGUAGGAAGGUACAACAAAGAUAAAAUGUCCUUAGAUGAAGACCUGAAGACAAAGGAAGAAGUUAUUUCAUCACUGCAAAAGAAAUUGCAAGAUGAAGCUUCAGCCCACAGUGAAAUGUCACGCAUGAAGGAAGAAGCGCUGUUUUCUUUGGAGCAGAAAAUGCAAGAAGAUUCAGGUGCCUUUGACAACGAAAAGGCAGCCAUGGUUCAAGAACUGCAGAGUAAAGAAAGAAUGCUGAAUCUACUUGAAGAGCAGAAUAGAAAGACUCAAGGAAUAUUGGAAAGUGAGAUGACUGCUCACAUGCAAGCUCUUCAAGAAAAGGAAGCUUGUAUAAGCCACCUUAGGGAGGAUAUGGAAAAGGCAGAAGAGGAACACCAGUUGCAUAUACAAAAAAUGCAGAGUGACCUCACAGAUGCUUCUGCUGCAAGUGACACCCAACAGAAAACAAAUGAUGAGCUGCUAAGAGAAAUUGGUGCACUGAAAAAUGAGAUCACCACAAAAGAAGCUUUGUUCAAGCAAAAUUUAACAGAAAAACAGGAAGAGACAGUGACUGAGAUAAUGAUUCUAAAAGAAAGUCUUAGUGAAAAGAACAGUGCUUUAGAAAAGGUUCAUAAGGAAAUUGAGGAACAACAACAUAAACACAGUUUAGAGAUUGAGGGAUUGCAAACGGCACUUAAUGAAAAUGCAGUAAUGAUAACAUCUCUCAGAGAAGAGAAAUCAGAAAUAGAGAGGAAAAUGUUUGAAGAGUUGAGUUCUGUCCAGCUUGUAUUGGAUACAAUCAGGAAGGAGAAGGAGGAAGAACAGCAAAAUAACGAGAACCAAAUUUCCUCUCUCAACAGAAUGUUAGAAGAGAAGUCUCAAGUUCUAAAGGCUGUGGAAGAAAAACUUGUGCUUUCUCAGUCCCAACAUGAAACCAUGAAGAGUGAUCUUGAGAAGAAUCUAUAUGAGAUCAAGGAAAAUGAGAGUGCUAAGACUGUGGCCAUGAUGUCAGAGUUGGCAGGAAAAUCAGAAGAAGUCUUAUCUCUUAAGCAUGAAUUAGACCAAAUUCAAGAAGAGAAGAGGUUAUUAUUGGAGAAUAUCCAGCAGAAAGAAGAUGCUUAUUCUUCGUUAAAGAACGAAGCAGAUCAAGCAAUGUUGACUCUGAAGAACGAUAUGGAACAGGAGAUUAAGGACAAGGAUGAACUAUUAACAGUACUACGAGAAGAGAAAGAAAUUCUGGCUAAAGAGCUUUCCCAAGAAAAAGUGUCUUUGACUGAAAUGAUCGAUGAGAAAGAAAGGAUUGUGUCUACACUACAACAGCAUACACAAGGUUCUACUGAAGUGCAAGAGAAAUUGACAUCAGAGGUUAAGCAAUUGGAAGAUGGUCUCCAAGAAAAGAAUAAGGCCCUAGGUGAAUUACAAGCACAGAUAGAUGAGGAGCAACAAAAACACCAGUUUGAAGUCUCCACUCUCAAGGAAACUGUAUGUGAAAUAACGAAGAAAAUGGAGUCUUCUACUGAAAUGCAAGAGAAAUUGACAUCAGAGGUUAAGCAAUUGGAAGAUGGUCUCCAAGAAAAGAAUAAGGCUCUAGGUGAAUUACAAGCACAUAUAAAUGAGGAGCAACAAAAACAUCAGUCUGAAGUCUCCAUUCUCAAGGAAACUGUAUGUGAAAUAACGAAAAAAAUGGAGUCCUCUAUGGAAAUGCAAGAGAAAUUGACAUCAGAGGUUAAGCAAUUGGAAGAUGGUCUCCAAGAAAAGAAUAAGGCCCUAGGUGGAUUACAAGCACAGAUAGAUGAGGAGCAACAAAAACAUCAGUUUGAAGUCUCCACUCUCAAGGAAACUGUAUGUGAAAUAACGAAGAAAAUGGAGUCUUCUACUGAAAUGCAAGAGAAAUUGACAUCAGAGGUUAAACAAUUGGAAGAUGGUCUCCUAGAAAAGAAUAAGGCCCUAGGUGAAUUACAAGCACAGAUAGAUGAGGAGGAACAAAAACAUCAGUCUGAAGUCUCCACUCUCAAGGGAACUGUAUGUGAAAUAACAAAAAAAAUGGAGUCCUCUAUGGAAAUGCAAGAGAAAUUGACAUCAGAGGUUAAGCAAUUGGAAGAUGGUCUCCAAGAAAAGAAUAAGGCUCUAGGUGAAUUACAAGCACAUAUAAAUGAGGAGCAACAAAAACAUCAGUCUGAAGUCUCCAUUCUCAAGGAAACUGUAUGUGAAAUAACGAAGAAAAUGGAGUCUUCUACUGAAGUGCAAGAGAAAUUGACAUCAGAGGUUAAGCAAUUGGAAGAUGGUCUCCAAGAAAAGAAUAAGGCCCUAGGUGAAUUACAAGCACAGAUAGAUGAGGAGGAGCAAAAACAUCAGUCUGAAGUCUCCAUUCUCAAGGAAACUGUAUGUGAAAUAACGAAGAAAAUGGAGUCUUCUACUGAAAUGCAAGAGAAAUUGACAUUGGAGGUUAAGCAAUUGGAAGAUGGUCUUAUAGAAAAGAAUAAGGCCCUAGGUGAAUUACAAGCACAGAUAGAAGAGGAGCAACUAAAACAUCAAUCGGAAGUCUGUAGUCUCAAGGAAACUGUUUGUGAAAUAACGAAAAAAAUGGAGUCCCUUGAAAAAGAAAAAUUAGCUGUGAAGCAGAGUGUUACAGAAGAGUUGGGGUCACUGAAGAUGAGCCUAGAUACCCUUAAGAAGGAAAAAGAGGAACAAGAACAGAAUUACAAAGAACAUGUAGCAUCACUAAAUACAAUGCUCUCAGAAAAAUCUGUUCUUCUCAGAACUCUUCAGCAAGAAUUGGAACAGACUAGCUCAACUUAUGAGUUGCUAAAGGGCAAGAUGGAGAAGGAAAUCUUAGAACUGAAAGAAAAGGAAAGCUUGAGAGUUGCCGAACUGAAGUCACAGUCUGAUGAGAAUUCCAAGAGGAUGCUAGUCAUGAAGCAGGAGAUGGAACUUGUCCGUUCAGCUAGUGAAGAGCAAAAGAAUAAGGAGAAAGAAGAAAUUGCAUUACGUGAGAAGGUUACCAGGGAUGCUGCUGUCUCUGAAUUAGAAAUUAAGAUUAAAACCUUGGAGGAUGAAAAGAAAGCAAAGGCCAAAGAACGAGAAGAGUUUGAAGAGCAGAUGAUGACAAGACUUGCCUUGCUUGAGAAGGAAGUGAAGACCAAAGAAUCCACUCUCCACUUACAAACCCAGGAGAUUGAGAAAGCCAAACAAAAAGUGGAGGAACACAAAGCCCAUGCUUUAUCUUUGGAAGCAAAGUUGAUUGACAGAGAACAAGAAGUCACUGCAGCAAAGGAGGAGGUUAUGAGAAUUGAACGUGAAAGUAACAGGUCAACUAAGAGCUUAUCAGAAGAACUACAGGCUGUCAAGGAUAAUUCUCGGGCAGAGAGACAAUCAGUUGUUCAGAAAAUGAAAUCUUCAUACAAGACUGAGGUUGAAAAGCUCAUGGUACAAAUUGAGGUGCAAGAGAAGGUGUUGAAAGAGAAGCAGAUCUUACACCAUAAGUAUGAACAAGCAAAGAAGAAGCUGUCAGAGGUCAUGACAGAGCUCAAUGAAAACAAAAAGUCAGAAGAAUACUAUCAGAAACAGAUGACAAAGUACAAGGAUCAUGUCAACAAACUCAAUGAGAGUCUUCAGAAUGAGAGGAAGAAACAGACAGAUCUUGUCGAGAGAAUACACGAACUGGAAGAGCAGAAGUUACCAAUAAAAGAGAAGCUGCAUGAGUCUGAGUUGACAAUAAAGCGACUUGGCAAUGAAAACAGAACUCUUGAGGCCCAAGUAAAACUUGCAGACUCCAAAAUGAGAACGAUGCAGAAACAGUGGGAGAGAGAGAGCUUUGGGUUUCCUAGCACAUUGAGAAAGGCAGCUUUGUCUGAGACUCAGCUCAGUGAAAUUAAGAUGCCACGACCUUCAUCAUCUUCCACUGAAGAGGAAAGCUUCAAUGAUUCAGAGCUUGCACUUAUACGAAAAUCAUCGAAAAAUCGUUCAAAAGAAAUGACUAGGGCUGUCUCAUCAGAUGUGGUAUUCAGGAAACCUACUCGCCAAAACACAGCGCUUGAGAAACAGCCCAAGAGUAGUGUAGAUAUUGCCAACCUAGCUGUGGCUGCAACAGGAAAGAAAAAGAUCACUCCAUCGCUUGAGAAAAUAAUGUCAGACAAGUCCUUGGGGCAUUCGGUACCAAGGGACAUGCUCUUCAACUGCGAGGAUGAAGAAGAACUUUUCAGCAACAAAUAUCUUAUUGAUAUGCAGGUUGGUCGGUGCAGCACUCUUGAUGACCCCCACUGGAAAAGAUUAUCUGAACUUCAGAGGAGAAAUUCCCUUUAUCCGCCCCAUAUGCGGUCUGCUUAUCCUGCUGAAAUGCAGUUCAGACCACUUCAGGACUUUGAUGAUGACAAAUUAAGGGCUGGCAAUGCUGUAGAAGAUAGACAGCUGUUGAACCUGACACAGGCUACUGAGAACCUAGGUCUUGAUUCUCCGGCCUUCAACCUCCGAAAACGGAAGUCUUUGUCAGAUUCUACACACUCAGAAACAUCUUUAGAAUCUUCUGGGGGAAAGCGUUCUAAAAGAUUAUCUACAUCUUACUCAAGACCAGGACCACCAACUCCUGGCAGAAAGAGUAUGAGUCGAGCGGACAAAGAAAAUCGAGCUGAGAACACUUCCACUCUCUCUGUAGGAAGUCGGGGGGGCAAGAUGAGCCCCAAGCCCACCUAUGCAGAAGGUUCUCCUGUAUCCACACGAUCCAGAAGAAGGACUAAUGUCCGCUCCACUCUGUCACCUGGCUCCAGUUCCACUACAUCUGCCCGAACCCCAGGUGCCAGGUCCAACCAUUCAGGGAGGUCUCCAGCCAAUGUCUCUGUCCUAAGUAAAAAGGGCGUGACCCCAAGAGGGAAGAGAGGUUUGACGCCCUCAUCACUACGUAAAAUCCUCUCCAAGGGGAAGUCACAAUGGAGGAAAUUGGAAGAUGAGGCAGAGACACCCAGGGGACUUGGGGACAGCACAGGAUCAAAUGGCAGCUCAAAGUUAAGGAUUUUCCGUAGACCCUUCGGUUCCAGAAAUUACAAUGUUCUCUCUGCAUCCCUAAGGUCUCAGGAAAACCCCCUCGACCUGAACGACUCAUUAACCGUAUCAACCGGGCGAUCAGGCCUAACUGUUGAUUGCAAGUCAAGAGGGAAGAAAUAGAGAAUUUUUAUAAUGAUAAGAUAGAGUGCAUUUCUUUUAAUAUCUGUAUAAAUUAGAAAGGCUUUUUUCUAAAGAUUUUAUUUGUUUUUAGUGUUUCAUUGCACUGUAAAGUUUUACACUACAGGAUGGUUAAAUACUUUUAUAUAUUUCUUUAGUUUUAUGAAUAAGACCAUCUGCCAAGAGCUUUACAGUUGCAUAACUUUUAUAUGGCUACAUUAUUAUUAUUCUUUUGUGAGAGGUACAAACCUGUUUAUAUGAAGCUUUACAAACUAACGUUAAGAAGUGAAUUAUAUUUAAAGAUUGUCAGCAGAAUAUGUAUGAUGUCAGGUGAUAUGUACUAUCCUGUCUGCUGCACAUUGUUACACAUUGUUGACUCUAUAGUUUUUCAUGUUGGUUGCUUUUUUUCUCAAGUAACUAAGUAACAAAUUAUCUUCCAUGUCUAUCCCUUUAUACACUACAACACAUGCAUAAAUCGAUUUGUAAAAAUAAUAAAAAAGUGCUGUAUA